CCCUCCCUCCUCCUCCUCCUACCUCCACUUCCAGCUGCGGAAGUGUUGCGCGGCUCUCGGCUUGUCAACAUGGCUACCGCUGGAGCAACUGGAGACGACCUGCGGAAAGAGCUCACAUGUGCCAUUUGUUUGGAUUUCUUCAAAGACCCGGUCAUACUGAAAUGCGGCCACAAUUUCUGUCGCUUCUGCAUCUGCAUGCACUGGGAUGAAAAUGGCGGAGACUACGGUUAUCAGUGCCCCCAGUGCCGCACGGUGUUCAGCAAGAGGAGCUUCACCAAGAACUACCUGGUGCAGAAUCUGGUUGCCAAACUGGACGAUCUGGACUGCCUGGGCUCUUGUCCCGCACAAACUAAGCCCGUUAAAGUCGAUGGAAAGUGUGACCAACACGGAGAAGAGCUGAAACUGUACUGCCAGACUGACAAGAGGCCCAUCUGUGUAGUCUGCAGGGAAUCCAGAGCACACAGACACCAUGAGGUAGCACCAGUUCCAGAAGUUGUGAAUGAUAUGAAGAUGGAGUUGAAACUGAGGCUGAUGGAGCUCAACUGGCAGAAGUCUCAAUGUGUGAAAGUUAUAACGGCUGAUGAGCGCACCAAAAAUGAAGUCAGGCUGAAGAAACAGAGACUCAAGGAGAAGAUAGAGGCGGAUGUCGGUGCCAUGGUCCAGUUCUUGCUUGAUGAAAGGGACUCCCUGCUCGAGAGCCUUGACGCCGAGGAAGUGGCCAAUAUGGCCGUCAUAGACGACAACUUGAAGAUUGUGGAAAAGGAGGCAGCAGAUGUGGACAAAGCUAUAACUAAUAUUCAUAGCCACAUCAGUGGGAAAACCAGCUUCGAGAGCCUUGCUGAGACAUUCAAUGAGGCCAUCCACUGCAAGCCUUUCACAUCUCUGGAGCCGGUUAAUUGUCAGACUGAAUUUACAGACUUCUCAGGGCCCUUCCAGCUUAUCAUGUGGAAGAAGAUGAUGCAUGUGCUGCAUACCAUGCCUCAGAACCUCACGUUAGACCCAGACACCGCUCACCCAAACCUGCUCAUCUCAGACUUUGACACAAAAGUGGAGGAGGGCCGUGUUCGCAACCAGGAGCCAGACCUGCCUGCCCGCUUCAACCGAUUCUGCGGCGUCCUCGCCACAGCCCAGUACGCCAGUGGCCAGCACUACUGGGAGGUGGAUGUGAGGGACAAAGGUGUUUGGUACCUGGGAAUCACCACUGAGUGCAGCAACAGGAAGGGCUUUGUCAGCCUCACUCCGUCCGCAGGGUACUGGAGCCUGUGUCUGCAAGACCGGCUGUAUGCCAACGGAGAGCACGGGCGCAUCCCUGUUGCCGACUACUGGAACUCUCCUCGGGUCGGCGUGUACCUGGACUACGACAACGGGCGUCUCAGUUUCUACGACGCCGUCACAAUGAAGAGACUGUACAUGUUUGACACCUGCUUUGAGGAACCUGUCUACCCUUUCUUCAGCCCAGGGAAGAAUGAUCCUGGCAGCAGGCUGCAGAUAUGUCACUAUUACUGAGUAAUGGAGCUUUUAUGGGUUUGAUUCAAUUUACUAAUGUAUUCCAGUGUUGUUCAGAUUUACUGUUCACCAGGUUUAAUCUCACAGCUGGGGCUGCGUGCCAUAGUGAUGUUGACCCUUGGAGUUGUAUACUGUAUGCAUUUGAGCUGUUUCUUGUUGGUCUUACUGGUACUAAGUAAAAGUAAGGGUUACAUGGAGAAGAUUUACCAGGUGUCUCUGAGGUCCAACAUUUUAAAUUUGGUAUCUUAUAACCUAGACACACUCACUGUAGGCUUAUACCCCUGACUACUGUGGCUGGGAGUUAGGCGAGGUGCUUUGCUGUUUAUAUCACUGUGUCUGCUGGGAUGCAGAUGCCUCAGAUGCUCUUGAUUAGAGCAUAUACAACUCUUAUCUUAGCAACUGCUAUGCCAUACUACUGUACAUAAACUACGUUUGCAGGGUAGAGUCAGAGCUGGACAUGUGAAGGACAUAUGACAUAGUUAUCACAUUGAUAGCUGUUGACAGUUAAGUUUCCCUCCAUUAUUCAAGACUGAAGAACGGUCAGUAAUUGCUGAUGGUUAUCGGGAUUAUUUGACUGAAAUUGUUUGGCUUACUGGAAUUUAGACUCUCGGACAAUAGUUCAACUUCCAGGAACUUGCUCGGGGUUGUUGUUUGUCGAUGUCAGUGCAGAUGAUUUUACCUUUAGCCUUUUUAAAGUCAUCUUUUAUUUUAAAUGAGAUAUAUUGACUGUCGUCUUUUUUUCCUCUCUAUAUUCACAUUUGAACCUUAUUUUAUGUAAGCAGUGAUAAUGAAGCUAUAAAGUCAUGUUGUUUUGCUUUGUUCAGGUAUUCUGUCCUGAAAUAAGCUGAUAUUAAAAAGUGAAGAGUUUCAAAUAAGCUAAUUUGCAAACUGUAAAGUUGACAGGCAUGUCUUUCGAUGGGUAAAAUUGUAGAUGUCAUCCUCCCUUUUUUUUUAAAAGAUUCCAUCAACUUUUUCAGCCACGAGCAGAGCCUGGUGGACUUAAACAACCACAGCUGACUGAUGAUUCUGUUACAUCCUCAUCCUUUUUUUUUUUUUUUUUUUUUUUUUUUUAGCAAAUUACUUUCUUAACUUUGUUUAAAGUAAUCUUAGAUUUAAAAAUAACUGAGUUGGUCUUCGUGCUGCAAGUUUGUCGUGACAUUUUUGGGGGGCUAUUAUUGUCCAGGUGGAUUUUUUUUUUUUUUUUUUUUUUUUUUUUUUAAAUCCAUCAAUGUGGUUUUUAUUUGAUUUCUGAAUGUAAACAAUACACGUAUUAGGACAAUUAUAUUUUGUUCUGUCUUCAUAAUCUUACGCUUUAUAACCUCAAAUAAGAAUGUUUAAACUUUUAUGGAUUUCAGUUUUUGUUGUGCAGUUCCCACACGUAAGAUGCCUACUGUUUUUUACAGGGUCGUGCAUAGACUUUUUUUCCUUUUCAAAUCAUGUAUCAAGGAGCACACCAGAAGCAUUUUACAGCAUGGGCACUGAUGUGUUUAACAGAAUGUCGUUCCCUGCAGCCAAGUUCAAGUUGCUCCUUUUUUUUUCUGUUUUUAAUUUUAGGCGUCUAAGGUAUUCUUUUUGUUUGAACUUAACCUCUGUUAACUUUUGCGUAUCUGCUGAUAUGUGUUUUGUCUAAGACUGUAUACCUCAUUGAAUAGCUAUACAUACUUUUUCCUUGCAAAAUUCCAUUGAUGUAUUCAGCUUAGCAGUUUUUAGGCUUUGUCUUAAUAAGUGUGAUGCCCCACCCCCAUCAAAAAGAGAGGAGAGAGAGAGAGAGAGGGAGGAAAAAAAAAGAACCUUUGUGGUUCCUGUUUGUGGCCCUUUCACCUGCUAUGACUGUGCUUCAUGUUUCGCUGACUUGACAGUGAGAUUAAAAGAGAAAAAAGA